AACGGUCGCAAUGCAUUAGUCGCAUUUAACAGCUGACGACGAGAGGACGAGUGAGCGAGCGGCUUGUAAUCUCUCACCAGUGGACUCUCGUCAGCUGACCAGCAAUUACGCUCCCGACGGAAAGCGCGCAUCGUCACGUUGUCACACCGGAUUAUUCUCACUCGUUGUGUUUCAAACAAACGUGGAAAUGAAGAACGGAAACCAAAUCAUGGCAGAAGCUCUGAAGGAGCAGGGCUUGAACUACGUCUUUGGCAUCAUGGGUCACCCCGUGAUCGAGCUAGCUAUGUGCAUGCAAGCCGCCGGCAUGGAGUAUCUGGGCUUCCGGAACGAACAAGCCGCGUGUUACGCCGCGCAAGCCUACGGAUAUCUGACACGAAAACCCGCAGUGGUGUUGUGCGUUUCCGGCCCGGGUGUGCUGCACGCUAUCGGUGGUAUGGCGAACGCGCAGGUGAACUGCUGGCCUGUACUCGUUCUGGGUGGAUCUUGUCCCCAGGAUCACGAAGGGAUCGGCGGAUUCCAGGAGUGGCCGCAGGUUGAGGCGUGCCGGCCUUACUGUAAAUAUGCCGCUAGGCCACCCUCGGCUACCCUCAUACCGAUGCAUGUCGAAAAGGCAGUGCGACUCGCUACUUACGGCAGACCAGGCGCCGCGUAUCUUGACUUACCCGCCACGUUACUGACGCAAAACGUCGAGGACGACAAAAUAAUGAAGAUUGCACCUUGUCCACCGCCACCGCUGACGUACCCCGACAUGAGAUUGAUCAAGGAGGCAGUGGAUGUACUAACAGCGGCGAAGAAACCGCUAGUGAUAGUUGGCAAGGGAGCUGCCUACGGUCGAGCCGAAGUUGCGGUGCGAGAGCUCAUUUAUUCAACGGGUGCGCCUUUCCUGCCGACACCCAUGGGCAAGGGAGUCGUGCCGGACACGGACGAGCGUUGUGUCUCCAGCGCGCGAACAGCCGCCCUGCUGCAGUCCGACGUGGUGCUGUUGUUGGGCGCGAGAUUGAACUGGAUGUUGCAUUUCGGCCGACCGCCUAGGUUUCACAAAGCCGUCAAAGUUAUACAGAUCGACUUGUGUGCCGAGGAACUGCACAAUUCCGUGCCGUCCGCCGUCGCCAUACAAUCUGAUGUCGCACCGGCGGUGGAGAUCUUGACGAACGCGUUGAAAAGUCGAAAGUGGCACGUCGACCGACGUGGCGCGUGGUGGAACCAGCUCACAACACAAGCCGAGAAGAAUAAGAAAUUCCUUCACCGGAUGUCGUCGGAUACCAGUGUGCCCCUAAAUUAUUACACGGUCUUCAAGCACAUUCAAGAUGUCAUACCGACAAACUCUAUCAUUUGCUCCGAGGGAGCUAAUACAAUGGAUAUCGGCCGAACUGUUCUGUUGAACGAUUUGCCUCGUCAUAGAUUGGACGCCGGCACAUUCGGUACCAUGGGUGUAGGGCUCGGAUUCGCGAUCGCAGCCGCUCUCUACUGCAAAGAGAUAGCUUCAAAAAAGAGGGUGAUUUGCGUAGAAGGAGACAGCGCUUUUGGAUUCUCCGGGAUGGAGAUCGAGACAAUGUUUCGAUACAAACUGCCGGUGAUUAUAAUAAUUGUGAAUAAUAAUGGUAUAUACGGCGGUCUCGAUAAGGAAACAUUCCGACAAGUGCAAUCAUCCGGAGAUCCCACGCAAGUAACUCCUCCAAACUCCUUAACAUCUGAAACUCAUUAUGAAAAGAUGAUGGAGAUGUUUGGUAGGAAAGGACACUUUUGCACUACAGUGCAAGACAUUCAACAGGCGUUAAAACUAUCCCUUAAGGUGACCGAUAGUCCCAGUUUGAUUAACAUCAUGAUUGAUCCACAAGCAGAUCGUAAAGAGCAAAAAUUCAACUGGUUGACAGAAUCAAAACUAUAAACAUAUGGAAUAUUUUGCUGGAAUAUUGUCUGCGAUAAACAAUUGCAACAUUUUUACUACAUUUACUAUAUUAUGUAAACUUCAUUUAUUAGUGCCAUAAAUCUGUUUUUUAAUUUAAUAAUUUAAUUUUAGAUAGACUGUUGAUCAAUAUUUUUCACUAAAUAUAUAAAAUAAUGGUAAUAGGGAUGGAUUUUUCUCUUGCAAGAUGUAUAUAUUGGGAAUCUUACAAUUAUUGUUUAAAGUUUAGAAAAAAUAUAUUAUAUAAAAAGGUUA